GCUCAGAGUAUCAAUGUCCGCCACAUCUUAUGUGAAAAGCAUGCAAAGAAAGAAGAGGCGCUUGCCAAGUUGAAUGCUGGCGUUAAGUUUGAUGAAGUUGCCAGAGAGUUUUCCGAAGACAAGGCUCGUCAAGGUGGUUCACUAGGCUGGAAAACCAGAGGCGCUCUCAUGCCCGAGUUUGAGAAUGUUGCUUUUGAAUUGCCGGCCAGCACCACCAAUAGCCCUAAAUGGGGCGAAGCCAAGACAAGUGAAGGCUACCACAUCAUCAUGGUUGAAGGUAGAAAGUAG